UGUUUUUACAUGAGAAUUCUUUUAUAACUGUUUGUAGUAGUUGCCAUUUGUAGCGUAUUUGCUCUUAUUGUUGCCCAAUUUUGGUCAAGUAUCUACGACGUCGUUUUAUCGAGAAACGUAACUGAAUCUCGUCAUUUGCUUAUUACAACGGAAUAUUUUAUCGAUCCAGAAAAAUAUUUUUUUUUAAUCGUGUUGCAUAUAUGUGCAGCUUUUUGCAUAGGAUGUACCGCGAUGAUAGCGAUAGGAACGAUGCUUAUAGCAUAUCUCCAACAUACUUGCGGAAUGUUUAGGAUCUCAAGUUAUCGUAUUAAACGCGUAAUGAAGAUUAAUAUGCUGCAAAAUAUGACUUUAAAAAAUGAGAAUUUGAUAUUUAAAGAAAUAAUAAGUGCCAUUGAUAUUCAUCGGCAAGCUAUGAAAUUGUCUGAGUUGUUGGUAUCCAAAUUUGAGAUAAUGCUGUUUUGCUUAAUAGGAGUUGGAGUGAUUUCUUUGAGCCUCAAUCUUUUCCGAAUUUUUCAGAUUAGGGCAUCUGAAGAUAACAUCAACGAAUUUUUAUUUCCCGCUAUAUCCGUAAUAUCCUGUAUUUUAUACAUGUUUAUUUCCAACUAUAUCGGGCAAGAUGUUAUAAAUCACACUGAUCACGUAUUCAUUACUGCAUACAGCAUUCAAUGGUAUCUAGCUCCUUUACACAUUCAAAAAAUUAUACUUUUUCUGUUGCAAAGAAACGCCAAAAACUUUACUUUGGGUGUCGGUGGAUUGUUUAUUGGAUCGUUAGAAUGUUUUGCGACGCUGGUGAAGGCUUCGGUAUCUUACUUUACCGUUAUGUAUUCUGUACAGUAA